UUUUAUAUACUUACGAUAAUAAAAAAAAAGGUAUUAUAAAAUCAAAAUGUCGUCCAAAAGAGCACGAGGAACGUCGGGAAACAAAUUAAGAAUGACACUUGGACUUCCUGUUGGUGCUAUUAUUAAUUGUGCAGAUAAUUCAGGAGCCAAAAAUCUUUACAUAAUUUCUGUUAAGGGUACAGGUGCUCGUUUAAACCGUCUUCCUGCCUCAAGCAUUGGUGACAUGGUAUUAACAACGGUUAAAAAAGGAAAACCAGAAUUACGAAAAAAGGUACUACCAGCUAUCAUCGUUAGGCAAAGAAAGCCUUGGAGAAGACGUGACGGUACACAUUUAUACUUUGAAGACAAUGCCGGCGUCAUUGUCAAUCCUAAAGGCGAAAUGAAGGGUAGUGCAAUCACUGGGCCCGUUGGAAAAGAGUGUGCUGAUCUUUGGCCAAAGAUUGCUAGUAAUAGUGGUAUGGUUAUUUAGGUUUGUCAUAGAAUCAUUUGAGGGAUAUGGGCUUCUAUUUAUAC